AUGGCUCAUUCAACCACCACCAUGUUUCCAACGCGGACCUUUUAUUUCCUCUUCCUUUUGAGUCAUUUGACGCACGGAGACGUGAGCUUUUCUCUCCCUGAGGAGUUGAACCGUGGAUCGGUGAUUGGGAAUUUGGCCAAGGAUCUCGGAUUGAAAGCGAGCGCGCUGGCCGGCAGAAAAGCGCGCAUCGACGCUGACGGGAGCGGAAAACGCUUUUGUGAUUUGAACUUGAGAAAUGGAGAGCUGAUUGUGUCCGACAGAAUUGACAGAGAAGGGCUUUGCGGCAACAAAGCAUCGUGCGUCCUGAAGCAUGAGCUUGUGUUGCAGAAUCCACUGGAGCUUCAUCGAAUUAAUCUUCAUAUACAAGAUGUUAAUGAUAACGCACCAAUAUUUAAUGAUGGCUUAAUUGAUUUGGAGAUACGGGAGUCUGCCAUUAAAGGAGCUCGUUUUGUGAUAGAAGAGGCUCACGAUGCAGACAUAGGACAAAAUGCAGUGCAGCGAUACAUCCUUGAGAAAAAUGAUAAUUUCAUUUUAGCUGUCAGUGAUAACACAAUAGAGCUUGUUCUUGACAAAGAGCUCGACCGUGAACAGCAACAGGAAAUUAAUUUGCUGCUUACGGCUUUAGAUGGGGGAUCACCUCAGAGAUCAGGUACAGUAGUCAUACAUGUCACUGUGUUGGAUGCUAAUGAUAACGCCCCUGUAUUCAGUCAAGCUGUAUAUAAAGCCACUUUGCCUGAAAACUCUCCCCCAAACACAGUUGUUAUUAAUGUCAGUGCUACCGAUGUUGAUGAAGGAGUGAAUGGAGAUGUUACUUAUGAUUUUGGACAUAUAACAGAAGAUGUGAAGAAGAUAUUUAAUAUUGAUCGGAAAGCGGGCGCAAUAGCUGUAAUUGGCAAUAUAGACUAUGAAUCAAGCACAUCAUACGAAAUACGUGUGAAAGCCAAAGAUGGACUAGGUCUAUCAACCUAUGCCAAAGUGAUUAUUUAUGUCACUGAUGUGAAUGACAAUCCUCCAGUGAUACAUAUCGAAUCAAUAUCCAGUUCUGUACCAGAGAAUGUGUCACCUGGAACUGAGGUAGGCAUCAUCAAUGUGCAGGAUAGAGACUCUGAGAAGAACGGACAGGUCCACUGCACCAUUCAACAAAAUGUCCCCUUUAAGUUAGUUCCUUCUAUUCCAAAUUAUUAUUCUCUGGUGACUAAUGGACAACUGGACCGUGAACUUGUGUCUGAUUACAACAUCACAAUCAGCGCAACUGACGAGGGCUCUCCCCCUCUGUCCUCCCAUGAUACUCUUUACUUGUCUAUAGGAGACAUUAACGACAACUCACCGGUGUUUGAGGAGGAGUCCUACAGCGCCUAUGUGAGUGAAAAUAAUCAAGCCGGUUCCACGUUGUGUUCCGUAAGAGCCCGAGACCCGGACUGGAGACAAAAUGGUAGUGUUAUUUAUUCUCUGUUAAGUACUGAGGUGAACGGUUCUCCAGUUUCUUCCUAUGUAUCUGUUAACGGGGACACAGGAGCGAUGCAUGCCGUCAAGUCAUUUGAUUAUGAACAAUUGAGGAGUUUUAAAGUCCACGUCAUGGCCAGAGACAAUGGUUCUCCUCCACUGAGCAGCAACGUGAGUGUCAGUGUGUUUGUCUCAGAUGUGAAUGAUAACUCUCCUCAGAUACUUUAUCCCGCCCCGGAGGGCAACUCCUUCAUGACCGAGCUGGUCCCCAAAUCUGUGCACGGCGGCUCUGUGGUAUCCAAAGUGAUAGCGGUCGACGCCGACUCUGGACAGAACGCCUGGUUGUCCUACCAUAUACUUAAGACCACAGAUCCGGGACUUUUUAGCAUUGGGCUCCACAGUGGAGAGAUUAGGACCCAGCGGGACGUUUUGGAAUCUGACAGCAUGAAACAGAAAUUGAUUGUGGCAGUGAAAGAUAAUGGACAGCCCCCUCGCUCUGCCACAUGCUCCAUGUAUUUACUUAUUUCUGAUAACUUGGCUGAAGUGCCGGAACUGAAAGACAAUUCUUACGAGGAGAAGAAUUCUAAACUGACAUCUUAUUUGAUCAUUGCCCUGGUGUCUGUGUCAACGUUUUUUCUGACCUUCAUCAUCAUCGUCCUGGGUGUCAGGUUUUGUCGGAGGAGAAAGCCCAGACUGCUGUUUGACGGAGCAGUUGCCAUCCCCAGCGCAUAUCUCCCUCCUAAUUACGCAGAUGUUGAUGGAACAGGAACUUUACGUAGCACCUACAACUAUGAUGCCUACUUGACAACGGGUUCCAGAACCAGUGACUUUAAAUUUGUGUCUUCUUACAAUGACAACACGCUGCCUGCUGAGCAAACGCUGAGGAAAAGUCCAACUGACUUCAUUGAUGAGCUUCAAGAUUCUUUCGACCCACUUGAGAGUUCAGUGUCUGUGACCAAAAGGCAGCAGUAUCGAGUGUGGGUUGAGAUGUUGGUCAUUGACAGUGCCGGGUCACUGCUCUGUGGUUGA